CUUUUUUUAUUCUUUUUUAUUAUUAUUCUAAAACAGCAUGAAUUCAUUAAGAAGCGCAUUCAAUAAAAUACCUUCAGGAACAACGAUCAAGCUAUUAAAAAAAGUGUUUUCUUUACCUGCGCCUGCUGCAAGAUUGAUAUUAAAUGAUAUAACAAAACCACGAUCAUCACAUAAGCCAUGGAUACGUAAAGUAGCCUGGAAUAACGAAUGGUCUGGUUGCUGGCUUGGCGAAAACGUAAGCCAAUUAGAUGAAGAGUCUUUAUCAAAGAGAAUACAUAAUGCUGAUGUUAUUCUCUUUAAUGUACAUGGUGGCGGAUUUAGAGUAGGAAGUUGCACAAUGUAUAUGGAUACUUAUAUUGAAUGGAUAAAGCUACUAAAGUACAACUAUGGUCUGGAAGCAUUAAUCAUGUCUAUUGACUAUCGAUUAGCACCUGAAUACAAAUACCCAAGCCCUGUCGAAGAUGUGGUUCGAGCUUAUGAGCAUCUUACAAAGACACUAAGUAUAAAUCCUGAAAAGAUCAUUGUCAUUGGCGAUUCUGCUGGUGCUUCCUUGGUUCUCGAAAUGCUCUUUAUCACGCAUGAUCCAAGCAUGUUUGAAAUUGUUACAGAUGAAACAGGCGAUAGCUCAGCAGAUAGUGGACCUACUCUCACCGAAUUACCUCGACCCGCAGCUGCUGUUAUUAUCUCUCCUAUAGUUACAGAUGAGACCUGUUCUCCCUCAUGGGAAACCAACUUAAAGUACGACUAUAUAUCCCAAUAUACCGCCAAAGUGAUCAAAAAGGACUACUUUGAGCCCUCAGGCCCUGAUUCGCCUCCUGACUCUAAUCAAGUACUGGGAAUUGCAAAGCUCGAAACUGGCUUCCGUGCCUUCUUGCCUGACCAUGUUUUGAUGUACAUUGGCAACAAGGAAGUCUUGCGCGACGAUGCACUUGACUUGGCUAUGCGCGCAGAAAAUGAUAAUGUCAAUUGGGAGACAGUGAUUGAAGACGCCGUCCACAACUGGUUUGUGGUUCCAGAGGUCGUCAAGGACAAGUCAAUAUGCCAGCGUGCUAACGCUACCUUUGCUGACUUUUGUUAUCGAGCUAUACGUCAUAUCCCAAAUCAAAAUCUGCCGUUUAAAGCAGGGACAUACAUCACUCGCUACAGUAACACGAGUGUCUCAAGUGAUUUCUCCUCAUUGAGAAGAUCUUCAGAGGGGCUUGAAAUGGUCUUAGAGGAUGAAGAAGAAGAAAAGCGAGAAGAAGAAUAUUAUAACAAUCCUUCUGAUUCUGAAUCAGGUGCUUCCACAGCUAACCUUGAUAAACCAGAUACAAUUAUCGCUGAAAAAGUUUCAAAGCAAAAACCACGAACAGUGUUUGUAUAAUAAAUUAUUCUAUUGUAAAUAAAAUCUUUCUCCUUUUACUCGUUUUGAAUAAAUCCCCG